ACUUUUAAAACACUUUUCCCAAAAGUUGUGCAUAAUAGCGGAACAAACGUUACUGGAAAAGUUUAAAUCACCUCUUUGUUGGGUUCUGAAAUAAAAUAGGAUAUAGGAGCGUAAAACUCAAGGAAGUAUAAAGGCACAUAUAUGUCACGCAAAAAUGCACCACUUUAUUAUUACUUUAAUUUGUGAGCAGAAUAUCUGAAAUACUGCAGUAUUUCUACUGCACACAUCUGCUGCAGCAUAUCUUCAUCUGAGCACCAUCUGUUUGAGAUUAGCGGCCCCGGCGUCCAGGACCCCUUCACCUAUUGUUGUCGGUAGCGGUAACCAUAGCAACCCGACGUUCAGCCGAACCCGCUGAUGGAGGAGUAACGAUGAUCAGGCCGCGGCGGUCUGAUCUCGACUUCCCUGAGUUUGUUGGUCUUUCUCGGGGAACAUCGGGCUUCGAGUUUUUUUCGGACUUCCUUUACAUUUUCAAACAAAAACAUUAACCCUUGUCCUGCCGUGUGGGAACAGCUGUCAUCACAUGGCUGCAGUUACAGAACCAAUGGAGCAUUUGAACAUUGAGUGUUUAUCAUCAUAUGGACCACAGCCAUCUGAGGCUCUCGUACUCCUCCCCCAGGUAAUGGUCUUGGGUAUGGGAUUGGCCGGCGCCUUCCUGUAUUUGAUCCGGUUGGCCAGAGGACCCCAUGUUACCUGGAAUAAGAGCAGUAACCCUGAACCAUGGAAUAAGCUUGACCCCACGUACCAGUACAAGUUUGUGGCAAUCACCACGGACUACAAAAACCUGAAGAAGGACGGACCUGAGUUCUAAGUGGCAGAUAAUCCUGAAGGGUCAGAUUUACCUGCAGCAGGCGGUGAAAUUGAUCCUAGAUCGGAACGGCCAAACAUUUAUUCUGAGAUAAGCUGGUGAUUUAUGGUGAUGUGGAUUCUUAGUAAAGCGAUCUUAAAGACUUAAAAUGGAGACAGACGUGUAUAUAAACAUAUAUAUAAGAAAUGGAUCAGGAGACACAUACGUUUUGUAUGGCAACGUUUCAGGCUGUUACAUGUACUAAGUUAAUACAAAUAUGAAAGUUUCAAAGUCUAAUACAGAUUAUCCAGCAGCUCAUAAAACAUUAACACUGUUCAGCAUAAAAGAGGUUUUGUGUUCAAACCAGCUAAGUUUGACUUUUUCGUAUUUGGAUGAUGCUUUAAAUACUGAAUAACAUUUUAAUAUCCAGACUGGGCCUCUUCACCUCACCAAAGUCAUGAAUGUGACUGUGCUUCUGCAAACGUGUUGGUGAUUGAAAGUUUUUUGCAUCCACGAAAUUCAACAAUGAGCUGAGAUCUUUGGAGAAAUAAAUGGUGCGAGUGAAGCUUGGA